AUGGACAUGCCUAGAGACGCAAACGGAAAUAUAGUGGCACCGAAAAGCCAACAUCCGAUUAUUCCAGUGGAGGAACUCAGAUCGAAUUAUGCGAUUCUGCAGUCGAAAAGAACAGCUUGUGAAUUGCAGCAUUGGUGCAUUUCUUUAGUUGUCGUUUCGAUCUUCUUCUCUUCCCUCGCUCUAAUUCUCACUGGUUUUAUGGUCGUGAAGCCUGCCAUUGUCACGCAAAAUUUCCUCGAAGCAGAUUGUGAGGUUAUCACGACGAAGCAUUUGGGCAGAAGGGAGUGCAAAUGUGGAGGUUUCACCAACGACGAUCCUUAUUGCAUGUCAACAUAUUCCUGCUUGCAAAUCCGAGUUGCGUACACUACCAAAGAUAGCACUUUCAACGAUCCAUGGAGUAGAAUCAUUCCUCUUCCAGAUUAUGACGCUGAAAACGAAACAGAAUAUGGAAACAUUGCUGAUACUUAUGAAGACGGCACCAAAUACGGAGUCCUCUUCGAAAAUGAGCUUCAAAUGAUGUCCACCUCCAACGAAUGCUCCUUCUCAGCCUGCAAGUCUGAUUCAAGAAUGAACAAAAUCGACGUCGAGCACUUCCGAAAUAAAUGGGGCGAGCCAAGUAAGACCUACAAGUGCUUCUACAAUCCAAACAACUCAACACAGGUGAUCUCCGAAAAGAAGUUUAAAAAGGUCCACAUCUUCCAUGCACUUUUUUGGCCAGCGGCGAUUCUUGUCAUCUCGCUGGUGUCUUACUGUUUGGUUAGACGAUGUCAUAACGAGGACAAGAAAGCAAAACGUGUGCAGAACGAAAUGCGCGGAAUCUCAAACGUAAGAAAACCCAAUUUCGUCGUCGACGCCAAAGAAAGAAAUUACAUGAGACCGAUUCAAACUGAAAGGGGGCCGAUUCCGUUCAACUUUGAAUCAACGCAGGGUGGAUUCAAAGGCUACGACGGGCCCUGCACGAGGGGAUAA